CACACUUCUAGGACCAGUUUCUUAACUGCUGAUUCGAUCUCCAACGUGAUUGCAGCAACAAUCUCAGAUGCAUCAACCUCCACGAUAAAAGGUAGAGCGAAUUCACAAGAACUGAGGCAGAAGUGAAUCGCCCCCUCAACAGUUCGUAAGAGCUUUAAGAGGAGCUGUCACCAAACUGAAGCCCCAAAUAAGCUGUGAUAAAUCAUUGGAGCAGUUUAACUGAAGUUGAUUGAGGUCAGCCACCCACUUUCAACAGCUUUCACCUUGGUGGGAUCCAUUCAGACACUGAGCAAUGAAAACAAAGAGAACACGUACAACUGGGGACACUGGCAAAAAUAAAAAUGAUCAAGGUAGUUAAAAACAAAGUCCAAAAGGCAUUACGAGAUACCCAUAUUGCUCACUAGGAGGGUAAACAAAGAAAGGACAAAAUGUAGCAAUAAAAGACUCAGACAAGAUGCCAAAACCCCAUCAGGCAUUGCAGUCCAUACCUCAGUGUGACAUUUGGUUUGAACACAAAUCUGGUUUUCCAUUUGACGAGAGCCAGGGAAAAUUUCAGGAAUCCCUGUGACAUGGGAUAUACACCGAUCAGCCAUAACAUUAUGACCACCAGGGUGCCUAGGUGGUAAACAUAUUGCCCUCAAAGUUGAUGUGUUAGAAGCACAAAAAAUGGGCAGCAUAAGAAUUUGAGCAACUUUGACAAGGGCCAAAUUGUGAUGUCUAGACGAGUGGGUCAGAGCGUCUCCAGAACUGCAGCUCUUGUGGGGUGUUCCUGGUCUGCAGUCGUCAGUACCUAUCAAAAGUGGUCCAGUGGAAGUGCUCUAAACUUCCCUCUGAAUCUCUUUCCUUUGUCAACAACCUCUGAUGUGUUGAUUAUAUCAUUUUAGUCUUGAAGUUGCAAAAAUGAUGCACAUCUGCACACUUGGCUGAUUGGAAGACUGAAAAGGGAAAGAUUCUCCAAAAGUAAACUCAUAUUGUAAUCCAGACAAUAAUGUAAUGUUUUUGGUUUUUUAGAGAAUGUUUUUUUACUGGUAUAAGCAGAUUGACUCUCUAGCGCAGCCCAACCCACCAAGAAGUGUAUAAAGUUCAGAGGAGGCGUUUGUCUUCUUCACAUGGGAGGGCAGCAGCAGCCACCUGGAGAUAUUGAUAUCUGUGAGAUACAAGUGAUCUUGGAUGUGUAAAUAUGAAAUUUAAUUUAUGUUCUAUACUGUGUGUUUAAUGUUGUUCUUUGAUUACUGAUAUCUGCUUUCUUCUUUGUCACAAGUGACUGAAAAGACAGUUAAGUUAUAAAAUGUGCUGAAAAGAAGAACUAGAUUUCACAAGCUUUUAAAAUGCUCUUGAACAGUUGUUUGCAUAAUAAUCCAUUAUCCAACUAAAUGAUGUUAUGACCAUAAUCCAUUUACCUUUGUUAUUUUGACCAGUGUGGUGAGACACACUGUUUUUGCAAACUGUUAUUCAGAUAUUAGUGUUGUGAGAUUUUGCUCAGUUGUUGGGGAAAUAACUUUCUGGCUGAAUAUUGGGCUGAGGAAUUAUUCAAAGGGAUAAUAAUCAGCACUAUUACUGAGCUAGUUUUGCUGCUUACAAAAGAAGAAAUGGAGAACUCAACUGAGAUUGUGUCUUUUGUGCUGGCAGCCUAUGGUAAUAUUGGAGAGUUAAAAUACCUGUAUUUCAGUAUAAUGCUGUUAUGGUACCUCUCAAUAUGUGUGGCCAACACAGUUCUUAUUAUAGUCAUAUAUGUGGACAAAAGGUUGCAUGAGCCAAUGUACAUAUUACUAUGUAAUUUAUUUGUGAAUGAAAUCGGUGGCAGCACAUCACUGUAUCCUCUUAUGCUCUCACAGAUGUUUUCAGAUACCCAUGAAGUGACCCUGUUAUGGUGUUUUCUACAGAUGUGUUAUAUCUAUACAUGUGCUUCAGUUGAGUUUUGCAGUUUAGCAGCCAUGGCCUACGACAGAUAUGUCGCUAUCUGUUAUCCUUUACACUACAGUGUCAUUAUGAACACAGGGAGAGUCGGUAUGAUCAUUCUGUUUGUAUGGAUGUAUUCAUUUGUUAAUUUUAUAUUCUCAUUUUCAUUCGUCAUCCAUUUGAAGUUUUGUGGAAAUGUCAUUGACAAAGUGUUUUGUGAUCACCACUUAGUGAUUAAACUUGCAUGUUCAGCUUCAGUACUGAACAAAUCAUCUGACCUGCUUUUUGCCUUUUUUACUAUUGUUAUCUCUGUUAGUUUCAUUUCAGUCUCGUAUAUGAAGAUUUUGGCUGUUUGUCUGAAUACUUCUAAAGAAAACAAGCAAAAAGCCAUUUCCACCUGCACACCUCAGAUUUUCUCUCUAUCAAACAUGUUUGUCGGCGGCAUUUUUCACUUUGUUGAUUCCAGGUUUCAUGUUGCUCAUGUACCAGACAAAGUACGCAUUAUUUUAUCUGUCUAUCUCCUCAUUUGCCAACCAAUGGUCACCCCCUUUAUGUAUGGAUAUAACCUACCGAAGAUAAGACAAUCCUGUAAAAGAUUUCUGUUUAAUCGAAAAAUAAAUGUUUAGAGCAAGGAUGACUAUCUCUGCUCUGUGGAAAAACAACAUAA